AGGAGAAAAUUGCUUUCUUGGGGGAAGAAAUUAGAUUGAGUGCAUAAUCUAGUGUAAUAAUUUGCUAAUUAGAUAUUGUUGCAUUUACUGUCUGAUCCUUUAUCACCUCCUUUUCAUAUUAUGCAAUACAUAGAUACAUGGUGUGUAAUACAAACCCUUGUUUUCAGAAGAUGCAGAGGACUAGUGAGGACCGUACAGGCAGGGCAAGUCACUCCUCCAGAGAGGAAGAGGCUCAUUCAGAAGAAUAUGCAACUGGCAGCUCUGCGGCUUCCUCUGAGGGCAACUGCUCGGAUGUCGAAGAGGAAGGAGCCAUGCAGGGGGAAGGAGAAGAGAAGGAAGGAGAAGAGGAGGAGGAGGAAGAGGAGGAGGAAGGGGAUGAAGAAGAGGAGGAGUAUGAACUGGAGGAGGAGGACCCACGGGAGGGAAAUGAGCAGAAUGACUACGAUACUCGCAGUGAGGCCAGUGAUUCCCAGUCUGAGUCUGUGUCCUUCUCGGAAGGAGAGUCUGUGCAUUCAGCCUCAGGCUCAGAGGCGUCAGGUAUGAGCAGUGAGCAGCGGUGGGUGGGCCUGAGUGGGCGGCGGCCGGCGGGCUUGAGAACGGCCCGGCCGAACUCAUGGAAUGAGCACAAGCCUGUGAAGAUUGGACGUGAUGGACAGGAGAUCGAACCAGGCUGCGGGACACAGCUGUGCAUGCUCUUUCCACCUGAUGAGAGCAUUGACUUGUAUCAAGUCAUUCACAAAAUGCGCCACAAGAGAAGGAUGCACUCAGAGCCUCGAUCUCGGGGCCGACUGCCCCACAGAGAGCCCGUCCCUCGGGACAUGGGAAGGCGUCGUCCAGAGGAAUAUGACAUGCACAACCGGAAGCGGCCCAGGAUUGAUUACACGCCAGAAUUCCCCCAGAGACCAGGUUUUAUGCAGGACCCUCGCAAUCCACCUGUGGACAGGCGCUUCUCUGGUGUUAGAAGAGAUGUGUUUCUCAACGGAUCCUACAAUGACUAUAUGAGAGAAUUCCACCACAACAUUGGGCCUCCACCACCAUGGCAAGGAAUGGCCCCAUACCCUGGAAUGGAGCAUCCUCCCCAGCACCCGUACUACCAGCAUCAUCCUCCUCCACCCCAAGCCCACCCUCCUUACUCCGGACACCAUCCCAUGCCCCACGAUGCCCGCUUCAGGGAAAAGAGGGUCGUUCGCUCUUUCGCCUCCAGUUUGCAUGACUAUGACAUGCGUGUGGAUGAUUUCCUGAGACGAACACAGGCGGUGGUGAGUGGACGCAGGAGCCGACCACGUGAGCGGGACCGACAGAGAGAGCGCGAGCGGCCACGGGACGGGCGUCGUGACCGAGAACGAGAGCGUGGCAGAGAACGGGACCGUGAGAGAGAGCGAAUUCGAGACCGUGAGAAGGAGAGGGGCCGAUACCGGAGAUAGGGGAAAAUAGGUUUAAACCUAUUUUUUCCAUUUGUUUUUGCCCCACUUUUCAUUUUGUAGAUUUUGUUAGAUUUUUUUUUUUAAUAGAGUUGAAGUUUAUCGUAAAGCUGAACUGAAUAUUUCUGGGCAUUUUGUAAAAUAAAUUUUUUUUUUCUCAAUCUUACGCCAUUGUUAGCAUCAUGCAUGCAGUGCAUUUAAAAUUUAACUGAAAACCAAAAAGCAUUUUUACCCUCAAUUCUUUUUAUUUUCUCUUUUUAAUCAUUGGUUCUGUAGCUGAUCCUGCAAUGUUGAGAAGGAGCUUGUUUUCCCUGUGCUUUUUUUUUUUCUCUCUCUCUUUCUCCCCCCACUUUAGAUUGUGAGCCAGACUUGUGCGUUCCUUACAUGGCUGUUGCAGUUUUUAGGUGUUUGCUAACUCUGUGCUUGUCUUUGUGAUUUCUGUUGUACAUUUAAAUAAGGUCAUUGGUGCCAGUAAUCCAAGGCACUGCUAAAUAUGACAAUGUUGUAUCAAGUAUGUUUCUAUAGCUUUGUCUGCAACCAGGCUUGUUUUUCUAGAGACGUGGGUAAAUAUUCCCACAUUUGCUUCUUGUCCAGUAAAAAGAUAAAUGUCAUGAAGGUUUGUAAAUUGACUUAAGUCAUUUGUUGUUGGAGUAUCUGAUGGAUACUAUAUGGAUACAUUUUGUACAAAACAAAAAAUAAAAGAAAGUGAAUUGCU